CGUUUCCCUCUUGCAAAAACUCAAAAAUUUAUGUAUCCUUACCAAUGGUGAGAUAAUAGAAAUGUCGCGGCUUGCCGCAUCCCGAAUAGUACACGUUGGAAGAGGCAUAGGAGAGGCAACUCCGUAUGGGAAACGUAUGGACCGACUUAGUAAAAGAAUCUUUGGUGAAGUUGUUAGUGCUACAGAUGCGAGAAGUAUGAAGGUUGUACGAGUUAUGUCUGCUGAACCAUAUGAAACAAAAGAGCAGUUAUCGGUAAAAUACUACCCCAAUCUACCGAUGUUCCAUUAUCUCACCAAAAUGCUUCGAUUCCAUGGAUUGUUCUUUGAUGAACAUGUCAUUUUCCGACAGGUACAAGAUGAGCUGAAGAUCUUACGAGGAAAAGUUGUCCGACCGCCGAUUGGACAAGGAAAGCGUGCAUUAUUGAGAGGAAAGAAGUAAUCCUACGAUCUCCAGUUAGCCUCUUAGAAGUUCUUAGAUUUUAUUACUGUACCGACCAUAUCUAACUGCCAAAU